GGCACUAUUGCUUGCUGGAAGCGGGUGGCUUGUGAAGGAAAGCCACUGGGAGAUUGCCGGCAUGCGUCAUCGAUAACGGCACCGGGUUCGUACACAAAGCUUGGCUAUGCUGGCAACACCGAGCCGCAGUUCAUCAUACCGUCCGGUGGGUGCUGUUUACAUUUGCCCAGUAACAGUAGUUCUGAAAGUGCAGGGAAUGAGAACGAGGGCCUCUCGGAAGUGAUGCAUGUGAAAAGGGGUAGAACAAUAGCGGUGAGAGAAAAAGUUGGUUCGCAGCCGUCAGCUCUUCGAUGGAACGCUAGUACGGGCUCCCGGAUUGAGGAUCUUGAUUUCUACAUCGGGGACGAGGCGCUGUCACCUUCGGCUGCUAAUUAUGCUGUUAAGUACCCAAUCCGUCAUGGUAUUGUCGAGGACUGGGAUUUAAUGGAGCGGUUUUGGGAGCAAUGUGUGUUCAAAUAUCUAAGAGCCGAACCGGAAGAUCAUUAUUUCUUACUGGUACAAUGCUUGCUGUGA